AAGGGACGAUGAAUCAAAUGAGUUGACCAUCUCCACUUUCCCACAACUGAUUUUCAAAGAAUACCCUGCAUUGGUACAGUAGGGUUGCUCAAACUGACAGAAGGACAAUUACCACGAUCAAAAUGAGACUGAUUCCAUCAAGACUGAGCUAUCUGUUCCUUCACUUCUUUGCGUUUUGCUACUAUGCUCAGGUAACCAUUCAGUCCCCGCCUAAUUUUACACAGCAUGUGAGCGAGCAGAGUAGAGUGACGGACCGCGUGAGCCGCAGGUUAAUACGAACCUACCAGCUUUACAGCAGAACGAGCGGCAAGCACGUGCAAGUUCUUGGAAACAAGAAAAUCAAUGCCAUGGCCGACGACGGAGAUGCGCAUGCCAAACUGAUAGUGGAAACGGAUACAUUUGGAAGCCGCGUGCGGAUUAAGGGUGCAGAGACCGGAUACUACAUCUGCAUGAACAAGAGAGGAAAACUGAUUGGCAAGAGAAACGGUCAGGGGAAGGACUGCAUCUUCACCGAGAUCGUCCUGGAGAACAACUACACGGCCCUGCAGAACGCCCGGUACGAAGGCUGGUACAUGGCCUUCACGCGGAAGGGGCGCCCCCGAAAGGGCUCCAAGACCCGGCAGCACCAGAGGGAGGUGCACUUCAUGAAGCGGCUGCCCAAAGGACACCACAUCGCCGAGCACCGGCCCUUCGACUUCAUCAACUACCCUUUCAACCGGAGGACUAAACGCACUCGCUACUCUGGGGAGCGCUAAGCCCUGGUGGGGGAAUGGACCACAACCAACAACAACAACCACCACCACACCGAGCGCUAAUGCUGGACUCGCCACGUUUUGUAACGAACAAUAAUAUACCUAAUAUUUAGUUGUUUAUAAUUUUUCAGAAAGCAAAAAAAAAAAAAAAAAAAAAAUGAAAUAAACAAGAAAUCUAUUU